UCAUCGCGAGAUUAUCAAACGUUAAGUAAAAUGAUACGUAGGGGUGCAUGCCAAAUAGCCAGCUCGAUUCAUUCAAGUCCUCUUGCAGAGGUGCACGAUGUUCCAAUGGACAUAAUUAUCAGACCUUUCCCUGUCGAUGUGAACGAGGAAAAGGUCCAAAGUUUAAUGAAUGCGUUGAAAAACGUCGAAACUGAGGACACAGUACCGCCCAUCGACAUUUUGUGGAUCAAAGGAAGCGAAGGUGGUGACUAUUAUUACUCUUUUGGUGGUUGUCAUCGUUAUACUGCACAUCAACGAUUAGGUAAAGCGUCUAUUAAAGCUAAAAUAAUUCAGUCAACUUUAACAGAUUUACGAUGUUAUCUGGGAAAUUCUACUCCAGACUUGAAGUGAAUUGCAUGUAUAUACGUAUAUACAUAUAUUUUUUAC